ACUUCAGUUGUCAUUUUCGCAAUAAUUAUUUAUGUCAAAAAUGAAGAUGGCUGAUGGUUCUACAAUUUUGCGAAGAAAUAGACCAGGAACUAAAGCCAAAGAUUUCAGUCGUUGGCCAGAUGAGCCCUUUGAGGAAAUGGAUAGUACCCUUGCGGUGCAGCAAUAUAUCCAACAGCUCAUACGUCGUGAUCCCAAUAACAUAGAUUUAAUAUUGAAAAUGCCUGAAUCGCAGGAUGAAGGAGUCUGGAAAUAUGAACACUUGAGACAAUUCUGUAUGGAAUUAAAUGGACUAGCAGUAAGAUUGCAAGGAGAGUGUCAUCCAGAAACAUGUACACAAAUGACUGCCACAGAACAAUGGAUAUUCCUUUGUGCUGCACACAAAACACCAAAAGAGUGUCCUGCUAUUGAUUACACUAGGCACACUUUAGAUGGCGCUGCUUGUCUAUUAAACAGCAAUAAAUAUUUUCCAAGUCGAGUUAGUAUUAAGGAAUCGUCUGUAGCUAAACUAGGAUCGGUAUGUAGAAGAGUUUACCGAAUUUUCUCACACGCUUACUUUCAUCAUAGAUCUAUAUUUGAUGAAUUCGAAAACGAAACGUGUUUAUGCAAAAGGUUUACUCAAUUUGUAACAAAGUACAAUUUGAUGUCCAAGGAUAAUCUUAUUGUUCCAAUUUUGGAAGAAGAAAAUACGCCAGGAGAAUCCGAAGCAUAAUUUUUCGAAUAUCAUCAGUAUAGAAUACUCUAUUCAAAAGAAAAUAUUUUCAGGUACAGAUAUAAAAUAGGAAAAAUAUUUCUGUGAAUAGUGUAAUGUAUUUUACUGACAAUGAAUUUAAUUGUAAUAUUUAUAACUACCAUAUUAAUAUUUAGAAAUUGAUUCUGACAUCUGUUUGAAAAAAAAAAAUUAAACAAAUGUAGUGAUUAUAGAAAAGUUUAAAAAAAAGUUUCUGACAAACUUAAGAAUGGAAUUACUGAAAUUUUAUGAUGUUGAGGAUCAAGUGAUAAAAUAGAUUAGUCAUAUUUUUACAAAAAUUUCAAGAGUACAACAUUCCAAGGCAUUUAUGUUACUAAGCGCCAUUUGUACAGUUAGUUAAGAUAUACAAGUGCAGCUUAAAAUGAAAUUUUUAUUAGGAAUGCCAUUUUAAUCUUCACUUAAUUCUUGACUAGCGAUGCAAAUUGCCCUUAGACUUUUGCUAUGUAAAUGGUAAAUAAACAAUAUCUCAAGUGAUUUCUGAUUCACAUGCUGUUCCAUUCUUAAGUUUGUUAUAACUCUAUGAAUGUCACAUUUUUGUGGUUUAGCAUAACACAAAAUUUCUAUGGAUGGUUUAUUAAACUGUACCUAAUUCUAACUGAAUCCAGUUAAAAACUAUGACCUAUUGAAUUAAAUCCUCAUGUUUGUUUUAGUAUAUAUAUUUUUUGUAUUUUUGUUGAUUGAAUAAAAUCUCAUUAUUAUUUAAAAUUAUGUAAUGUCAUCAAAACCAUU